CUUUUCUCUGCUUCUCACAACGCUUCUUCUUGUGCUGCCUACGCUGUUCACCAUGUCCACCAGUCGCAAAUUCUCCUCGUCCUCUCUUGCCUCUUCCUCCAAAGCUAAAGCAAACAAUCCAAAGUCAAAGUCCAAACCAAGAUCAAAGCCAAAGUCUGAGUUCUCAACCCCAAUUCUACCUUCAUCGCAACUCCCUCUGCACUCUCCCUCAUUGCUAGUCUAUGACAAUGUCACCUACAACCUCGACAGAGAAGAAAUUGAUCCCCUCGACAACAUAACUUUUCAGCCUUGCACCCACUUGAAAAAGGUCCUCCUAACCGACUCCAAAGAGCCUUUAUUGAACAACUACAAAUCUGCCAUCAAGAUAUCGCUAUUGUCAAAUUUCCAACGCUUGAAUUUGAACUCCAACACCAUCACUUCAAACACCAAUAAAAAUAAGUCCACCACAAACAAUAAAUCAAAAAAUAACAACUUUUUUCUCAUCUUGAAUGAUAAAUCGAAAAUUCUAAAGAAUACUUUGAAUCCCUCCAAACUAUACAGAUACAGAUCAAAAUACUUGAGAUGCAACGACUGCCAAUUGCUCCACAACCACUCAGACCACAACUCUUCCAACAUAUCCCUCAACAAUUUAAGUUUCAUCUGUCUUCAAUGUCCAAAUGUCGGUUGUUAUCAUUCAAUACCAACCAACAUUGAUCCCAAUCCUGAUAACAACAACAAUAACAAUAAUAACAAUAAUAUCAAUAACAAUAAUAAUAAAGAUCAAGAUAACUACAUCAAUAUACCUUCAAACGAUAUUAAUAAAGUGAAUCAUGCUUUAUCUCAUUCCAGGAAAACAUCUCAUUUUUUCGCUCUUCAAUCCUCAAAUUCAAACAUGUUUUGUUUUGGCUGUUUAAACUACGUUGGCCAUCCUAUUUUUGAAAAGAUUAGAAUCAACUCAAUUAAACAAUGGGGCAUUAACAACGACUUUUCUCUCAAUUUCUUCAAUUCCAUCAACUCAAACACUAGUAAAGUCAACCUAAUAUCAAAUUUUCUACCCAUAUAUCCCACCGCUUUCAACGACACAUCCAGCGACACCUCCAACAUAAACGACCUCAAAAAGCUAAUUAACGAAAACUCUCGUCCACCCUCAUUUAAGGCCUCAACUGGCUUGAGAGGCUUUAUCAACAUGGGCUCAACCUGUUUCAUUAGCACAAUUCUACAAUCUUUAAUUCACAAUCCCUUUAUUAGAAACUAUUUCCUCCUAGGCAACCACCAAAAUUGCAUUAUGAAAAAAAAAAAUCUAAACUGUAUAACCUGCUCCAUUGACGAAAUCUUUAAAAACUUCUUCACCUCAAACUCAACCACUGGCUUUUGUCUAACCAAUUUUCUAGUUUCGGCUUGGAACUCAAAAAAAAAUUUGGCUGGUUAUUCCGAACAAGACGCUCAUGAAUUUUGGCAAUUUGUUGUCGACGAACUACACAUAUCCCAUAUCAAAAACUCUAUUGCAAACAAAAACAUUCUUAAUAUUAACGAUGAUAUCAACGGCUCUAGUAACACCAACACCAACACCAAUACCAAUACCAAUACCAAUACAAAUACAAAUACAAAUACAAAUAACAUCAACAUCAACCCAUUGAACUGCGAUUGCAUCACUCACAAAACUUUCUGCGGAGAAUUGCAAAGCUCAAUCACUUGUUCUGAAUGUAAAAAAAUAACAUACACCAUCGAUCCAAUGCUAGAUCUAUCACUAGAAAUAUCUUCAAAAUUCAUAAAUCAAUCCAAAAAACAAUCCAAAAAACAAUCAACUAACAAUACCAACACCCUAAACAUUACUACUACCACCACUCCUAUCUCCACCUCCACCUUCACCUCCACUUUUAAUAAUAAUAACAGUUACUCCAUUAUUGAUUGCUUGGAUUUAUUCACAACCCCUGAAAAUUUAGACGUCAAAUACGAUUGCUCAUACUGCUUAAAGAAAACAUUUGCGAGCAAAAAAUUAACAAUCAAAAAAUUACCUCCCGUUUUAACACUACAAUUAAAAAGAUUCGAACAUACUAGAACCUCGACUGCAAAAUUAGAUAUCCACAUCAACUUUCCAUUUAUUUUAAACAUGAAAAAAUACACCAUCUUCAACAACAAUUGUAAUAGCAAACCAAAACACGAUAAUGAAAUCGAUGAACAUUUUGGCAAACUAACUUAUGAAUUAUUUGCAAUAAUCUGCCAUUCAGGCUCAGUCAACACAGGCCAUUAUAUUGCUAUAAUUAAAAAUAGUAAUGGUGAAUGGCUAAAAUUCGAUGACUCAUUAAUAACAUUAAUUUCCCAAAAGGAUGUUUUGUCAUCCAAUGCUUAUCUACUAUUUUAUAUAAUCCACCAAUUUCCUUAGGUGCUUCAAUGAUGAUUGUUUAUUAAAACCAAUUACAAUAGCAAUAAAAAAACUCUCUCAAAAAAAUAUAAGAGAGCAGCAUAAAA